UUUUCGAAUCCCAAGAAACCCAUAAAUCUGCUUCUUCUUUUUUCUUCUCUCAGUGAUUGCAGUUGACUGACUCACUUCUUUUUCACAUUUCUUCCCUUUAUUUUAAUUUUAAUUUUUUGUCUUUAACAACUCUAUAUAUUCACACAUAUUUGCAUUUGAAUUAUGGUCAGUUUGUGAUAAAAUGGAAGAUCUUUACUCCAUAGCAAACUCCAGUUUCUACUCUUCUUCUUCUCUUGGCUGGGAAUAUCAGAAUCUUGGGGUUUUCAAUGCGGAUAUGUCUCAUUCAUUUGGGAUGGGCAGCAUUAACAGUCUACCAUAUUCCUCAGCACUUGAUAAUCUUUCUGAUUAUUCCACUGGCUAUCUACAAGAUGCUUUGCUUGAAUUUAGCUCUAAAAGGAGAAGGCUACUGCUGUUCUCAGAAGAACCAACAAACUACUCUGCCUGCCCUGUUGAGAGUUGCUGGAAGGAGAAUUUAAGCCAGAUUUAUCCUGGAGAUUUUGGUGAUCUUAAUCAGACAAAUGAGAUGGAUAAAGUGAAAGACAAGAUGAAAAAUGAAAAUAAUAGAGAUGUGGAAGCAUCACCAGAAGAGGCAAGACCAGCUUUUGAAGGCAAUAAUAAUCUGUGCUCAUCCUCCUCUUCACCAAACAGCAAAGAUUCAGUCCAGACCGGGUCCAUUUCUCAGUCCCUAGAUUCCCUAGCUGCCUAUUCCCCUCUUUUAGUCGGGGACGGAGAUUAUUUGAAGAAAAGGAAGGAGGUGAUCAUGACCAGGGUAGUUUAUCCAUUUGCAGUGGUUAAACCGGGAGGCAAAGAAGGCGAAAUAACGUUAAACGACAUUAACGAAAGAAUUUCGAUGACUCCAACGAGGCCGGUGAGGCAUCCGGUGGGGGAUUUUGCCUGCCGGCCGGUAGCAUCACCCCACGGACAUGGUCUCUCCGGGAAGGCUGUGGUGGCUCUAACCAAAAUUCAGACACAAGGGAGAGGCACUAUUACAAUUAUUAGGACCAGAGGCUAAAUGUUUAUUACUCAUAUUUUUGUUACUUGUAAUAUUUCUCUUGCAUAAAUUGUAUAGACAUAUAUGUAGGGGAUACUUAUAUAUAUGUACGUACAAUUUCGUUGCUUGUAUUAACUUUUUACAUGCAGUAAAAAAUAAAAAUACUAAAAUGGCCAGAACGUACCGGCAACUGUGGGUUCAAUACAUUGAUCUUGUUUGUUUCCA